CAAUUGGUCACGACCUUCCCAGGUCGCCAAGCCCCUUUUGAGAGACUUGAUACAUUAUCGUUAAAUAACACUGAAAGUGAUAACGACACAAUUGAGCGAAUGCAGCACAUAAAUAGUGUAACUACGGUUGAAACGGAGACCAGUAAGCCUCAUGGCUGUCCCCGGGGGUUAAGACCAUAAACCUAUUGUUGUGAGUAAGUGACACUUGUGGAGCUUAUCACCUGCGAACCUAUACAAUCGUAGAGCCCCGUGAAAAGAGUAAAGUUCUUCGUGCUAUUUCUGUUUCAUCUGCUGUGAAUCAAAUACUCAUACGGUUCUGUCGCAUCCUACAAAAGCAAUGAAUCUCUCCACUAGCCAUCUCACCGGCCCUGUGAACGGCGAACUUGGGAAACUAUACACCAUCCCUGCUCAAAUCAAUGGCAAAGAAGUCAUCCUAUCCCCAGCCUUCGACGUCCACUCUCCCAUUAACGGGUCUCUAAUUCACCGUUGUUCCUCCGCCUCCGUCGCCGACGCCCUCUCCGCCGUCACCGCUGCCCAGGCAGCCUUUCCGGAAUGGCGCGACCUCCCCCCAGCUGCAAAACGCGACAUCUUUCUUAAUACUGCUGAAAUAUUCAAGAGUAGAAACGAGGAAUUGUUGAGAUAUAUGAUCGAUGAAACUGGCGCAGGCGAGUUCUGGUCCGACUUUAACAUCACACUUGCAGCGGAUAUCCUGAAAGAUAUCGCAGGCAGAAUCUCAAGUCUGAAAGGCGAUGCGCCGAUAACAGGGAAUCCGGGAACAAGCGCAAUCGUGUAUAAGGAGCCAUACGGUGUCAUUCUAGGCAUCGCUCCAUGGUACUCCUCUCUCCAUCUCUUCCUCUUUCCUCUCCUCUCUGGACAAAAUGCAGAUAUAUACUUACCCACCUUUCCUCUCCCGAAUAUCCUCCACAUCACGACUAACAUAUCCUAGGAACGCACCCUACAUCCUUGGCGUCCGCUCUAUUGCCUAUGCCUUGGCCGCAGGUAACACUGCCAUUCUCAAGGCCUCCGAGUUCUCCCCGCGCUGCGCGUGGGCCAUUGCCGAUUGCUUUCGUCUCGGCGGCCUCCCCGCCGGCGUUCUAAACACCAUUGCGCACUUUACCUCCUCCGCAGCUGCCAUCACAGAAGCCCUCAUCGCCGAUUCGCGUGUCCAGAAAAUCAACUUCACGGGCUCUACGGUCGUCGGGCGCAUCAUCGCCGAGACCGCAGGUCGGCACCUAAAACCCGUCUUGCUGGAGCUGGGCGGCAAAGCGCCUGUGAUUGUAUGUGAGGAUGCGGAUCUGGAAGUUGCCGCGACAGAGUGUGCGAAGGGCGCAUUUAUGCAUUGUGGACAGGUGUGCAUGAGCACAGAAAAGAUUUUGGUGCAUAAAGAUGUCGCGGCGGCGUUUGAGGAGAGAUACAGAGAGAAGGUGGUCGAUAUGUUUACCAAGCAGGGAGUGUUGAUAAAUAGGGCGGCUGUGGACAGGAAUAUGCGACUCGUGAGGGAUGCGGUCGGGAAGGGGGCAGAGGUGCUGACUGGGACCGUGGAACAAGAUCAUCAGCUACCGGGGACGCAUAUGUCACCAAUAGUUGUGAAGGGAGUGACGGAGGCGAUGGAAUUGUAUAAUACAGAGUCGUUUGGCCCGACGGUGAGUAUUAUUGAGGUAGAAACCGAGGAGGAAGCGGUACGGAUCGCGAAUGAUACCCCAUAUGGCCUCACAUCAGCAGUGUUCACGGAGGACCUCAGGCGCGGACUGAGGCUUGCAAAGUGCAUUGAGAGUGGUGCAGUGCAUAUCAAUGGGAUGACGCUGCAUGAUGAGACGAUGUUGCCACAUGGCGGGGUAAAAUGCUCAGGUUAUGGCAGGUUUGGGAGUGGAGGAUUGGAGGAGUGGGUCAGGAGUAAGACGGUUACUUUUAAGAAUUAGAUAGGUGGGAAAGGCGAAAGCUUUCAGGAAGCUGCGACUGAUGCAGCUUGAUAAUCAUAC